AUGUCCACUUAUGAAUGGGUCAUUGAGCAGGAGGGCCCUGACGGUGUGACCACACGCGUCGUGUUCGACUUCGCAGAUGUCGAGGCCGGCAGUCACGGAAAUGGCGGCCGCAUGAACAUGUCCUCGUCGUCCUACCACCUGCAGAACCGCCGCGAUGGACGCGCACGAGGCAUGAGCGGCGGCGCGUUGACAGCCGGUGGUUUCAUUGCUCUCAAAGAAGCUGCUCGCUCGGAGGGCGGCAGUAGUCGGCGCAGCAGUAAGCGCAGUAACGGCAGCCGCUCGCACUGUCAGCGUCGUCAUCACCUCGGCACCUCCAGCAGGGACGGUACUUUUCUCGGCGGCGCUAGAGGCAAUGGGGGCAGCAGUGAAAACGUCAGGGGUACGAUGGCAGGCUCUACGAGCUCCGUGUUCACAUCAGCGGGUCUGCGCCAGCGUUACCAACGGAUCCUCUUUGGGGGUGGUCGCGGAGGGAUAGCGGCGCCUGUGGCUGGCGUCAAAAGGGUAGUAACGACCACGUCCGACACCACCGCUUUCGUGCUCACCACCGGACCUAUGGCAUCUACGAGGGUUGAUGCAAGCGCCGGGAUGAAUGGCGACGCCCAGUCUUUUAUCUCCAGCUCGCCUCACGGCGCUACAGCUGAUGGUCCGCUGCCUAGCACCUUGUUUAUGUCUGCUUACGGAGCGGAAAUGGCCGACGAGGACGAGAACCAGAGCAGCAGCAGCAGCUGCCCCAUUCAGCGGAGCCGGCGUAGCACAAAGAAAGGCGGCUGCAGUGGCGGCGCCGGUGUGUCAAGCGUGGGAUGCGUGAGUGCUGCGGGUGACCUGACCAAUGGCACGUUCACUGGGUAUGGCACCGCGCGGCACUCGUCUGUACAGGUUCCAUCCGCCACAACGGCAGCCCCUGUGCCACUAUCUGACAGUCACCACCGCUGCGGUGAGACCUGCAACGACAGCAGCGAUGACGACCUCGCAGACGACACCAACAUAGUCAAGGAGGAUGACUCGUACUCCAUGCUACGUGACGUGUGGGCUGCGCGGGCCGCGUGCCCACGCAGCCUCACGACGACUCGCGCGAUGGACUUCCCUACAUUUCCCCCACUGCACCCCAUCAGCGUAGAAGAGGAAUCGGAAGCGAUGGAGACGAUGGCUGAAAGUUGUCGCCCUCUCGCCGGUGGCCCCGACGUCCGUGACGUGCUCAGUGGCGCCGCAGGGGCCAAGACCACGUACCGGGUGCCCUUUGCCACCACCACGAGCCAGGAAGCCACUCCUUCCCAGACUCGUGCAGAUGCAACGGAAGAUAUUCUGCGGUACAACAAGAUGCUUCUCAAAAAAGAGCGUCAGCGACGACGCGGGCGGGGGUGGCAGUCAGCAGGGCCAAGUGGUGGCCCUACGCCCAGCUUGGGUAGGACGUUUGGCUUGUAUGUCGGCGAGACCAGUCGAGGUCUUUGUGAUGGCGAGUCGGUCAGUGUAAAACGGCACCGUCGUGACGAACGCGCCGUGGAGCCACGAGGAAAAUUUGAUUCCUACAGGUCGGCUAGCAGCAGCAGGAGCUCUGACAGCAAUGAGGAUGAUGUAGACUACGAGAGCUGCGAUACCUCGUCUCUUUCUUCAUUGGAGUGUUUGAGCACCUCCUCGAGCGACGACUUUGACGUACGCGAGCUGCGGGCAGACUCAGUAUUCGCAUCCACUGUUCAGUCUCUGGCGAGCCGAGCCGAGCGGGAGCGCAAGAAGAUGGAGGCGCGUGAGGAGCAGAUGCUGUGGAGUGAGGCUGUGCAGAACACGGGGGCGCUAAUAAAGCGGCGAUCACAGCUGCACUCAGACACUAUCUUUGAAGGCUUAUUGCCUUCAGCAAAUGUUGCUGCCGUCACGACGCCGGCGUCACCAGUAUCGCUGCACGCCGUACCGCGCCGUGGAGACGCCGCUUUGGCCUGUGGGCUCGUGAGGAAUGGCGCGGUGAGUGGCACCGCCUAUCGCAACGACUCUGUCUCGUCCUUCUUCAUUUCGCCGAUUCACCAGUCCGUAGCAGCGGAGUCGGCAGCCUGGACUGCUGGCACGGGUUUUCAGUUCCUGGGGCAAGGCGGCCUCGGCGGCAACAGCACCACGACAUCCUCAGUACUGCCCUCCUCACGACCGGCGCCGUUGCAGCGUCGUGGGAGCGCCUCCGCACCUGGACGGCCCACCGUGAGUCGACGCCGAGGUCGGUCAGACGAAAACAACGAGGGUGGUGUGGAGGAUCUCAACGACCCGUGCGGCGGCGGUGCAUUGUCUUCCGCGGCGCAAGCAGUCGUCUCUGAUGCCCAGACCGGCACCCGGCGCGCGCGCAAGAAGCGUAAGCGAGGUGAUCGUGCUCAUCAGUCCGUUGUCGGCCAGUGUGGUGGUAGUCGCGCGCUGCGCCCCGUUGCGGCCCCGUCCAACGGUCCUCCUCUUGAGGUAUUGCCCUGCAGCAGAAAAGACAUGCGGGAGGAUCUCCUCGAGGCGUUUCUGAUGGAAGCAAUGCUGGAUGAGGACGACUUCCAGCUCUGCUAA